CUAAAUCACUACUUAUAUAUAAGGACCGGUCAUUGCCCAAGGAUUUACACAUUCGUUUGUCGCGUGGGAGACCUCGAGCUUUAGUAUCAAAUACUUUAUACCUUUGCGUUCAGAUAUCUAUAGGACUUUUGAACGAAAGCACAUGUAUACAGUAUUAAUUUAUAUUUUGUAAAAAAUACGAAAAAAUGCAAACAUUUGUACACUAUGCAGUGGCAUUAAUUUUUGUUUUUAGUUUCGUUGUGCAAUUAGACGCAGUGACAGUAAAUCCUUUAGCGCAUAUUUGCCCCACAAAUAAAAUCGCACCUCGACGAAAGCGCUAUGACACUCAUCCACGAACCUUUGGACAGUUUUAUAAUUUGCUGACACCUAAUAACUCGCCCAGUAGUCUUCAAGAACAACCUCAGGAAGACCUUCCUGAUGACUGCGGUGACAUAGAAGAUUAUGAUGAAAAUGAUAUUGGUUCAGUCACACAAAGACCAAUAAGAAGACAAGGAUACCAACGUAACCAUUUCAAAAAGAAGGGCUCGUCUCACUCUCACCGGCCAUCACAGCAGCACUUGAUAAACCAGCACAAUCAGUACGGCAAACCGCCAUCAUCCAAACCAACAAGGCCACCGCCCGCGGGAUAUUUCGGAACCAACAGCUACUCACCACCGAAACCACAACAACCAACAGAAAAAAAUCCCUACCUAGAAGCUCUUGAAAGAAAACCUUGGGAAAGCGUUCACAAAUAUAUCGAGGUGCGUCGUGGCGCGUUUAUAUUUUACUGGUUAUAUUACGCCGAUGGAGUACAGUACGGCUCCGAUCACAAGCCACUAAUCAUAUGGAUUCAGGGUGGGCCAGGUCAUGCGGCUAGUGGAUUGGGUAACUUUGCUGAAAUUGGCCCGCUUACUAUGGACAUGCGACCUCGAAACCAUACUUGGGUGAACGGCAGGAACGUUCUGUUAAUAGAUCAUCCUGUUGGAUCUGGAUUUAGUUAUGCAGUUAAUGAAACUCUGCUCGUGAAAACAGAUAAAGAAGCAGCUAAAGAUCUUUUGAGAGCAAUAAAGGAGUUCUACAAUACACACAAAGAGUUUCGUAAAACACCAACGUACCUCUUUGGUCAGAGCUACGGCGGCAAGUUAUGUCCAAGACUUGGUUACUAUUUACAUAGGGCAAUAAAACAUAAUCGCCUUAAGAUGAACUUCAAGGGUAUCGGCAUCGGAAGUGGAUGGGUCAAUCCAAAGCUAAGCACAUUGGCACAGCCUGAAUUUCUUUAUAACAUGGGUGUUAUCGACCAACCCACGUAUACAAAAGCAAUGAAGUUGGCUAGAAAUAUGAGCUAUUUGAUUGAUAAAAAAGAGUAUGCCACCGCUGAAACUCUUGACAAUACUUUAUUUCACAUAUUAAUCUUAGAAGCUGGGAUGGAGAUAAAUUUCAACAACAUUAACCAGCCUUCAGAUCAUAGUGUCGUUACAGAUUUGGCGGAGAAAAUGAAUCGAUAUGUGAAACCGACACUUCAAGGGGUUUGUCAAACCUUAACAUGGACUUGGCUAGCGAUAGAAGUUUAUGAAAGUUUAAGUGAUAGCUUCCUAGUACCAUCUAAUAAGUUCUUAGAAACACUUCUAGACCGCACAGAGCUCAAAAUUGCAGUUUAUAAUGGCAAUUUAGAUGUCGUCACACCUCUUGCAGGUGCUGCAAAUUGGGUUCACGCACUUAAAUGGCACGGAGCACACGAGUUCAUGAAUGCAAGGAGGAUUCCUAUAAGGGGAGAUAAAAACGGAUUUUAUAAGGCUGCUAAACAACUCAGCUUUUGGGCAGUGUUCGGAUCAGGACAUUGGGUUCCAGAAGAUAAUCCAACCGCUAUGGAACAUAUUUUGGAAUACGUGAUAGAAGAUACUAAUUUAGUUCACCCAGACAUAAACACUAAGAGUUAAUUAGUUUACGAAUUUUAUUCAGAAAAAUACUGGAAUGGAAAUUAGGAAUUUUGUACAGUAUAUUGAUAUGUUAUAUAAGACGUCUUAUUUUUAAUUAAUAAAAACACUGUUUAAUAGUU